AUGGCGGCGGCUCAGGCGGGGGCUCUCUCCUCGGGCUCUGUAGGGCCCCGGGAAGAGGCUGAAGCCCCCAACUCCGCCUGGGAUGAGUCACAACUGCGCAGUUACAGCUUUCCUACCCGGCCCAUCCCGCGGCUGAGUCAGAGCGACCCUCGGGCCGAGGAGCUGAUUGAGAAUGAGGAGCCCGUGGUACUGACCGACACUAAUCUUGUGCAUCCGGCCCUGAAAUGGGACCUCGAAUACCUGCAAGAGAAUAUUGGCAAUGGGGACUUCUCUGUGUACAGUGCCAGUACCCACAAAUUCUUGUACUAUGAUGAGAAGAAAAUGACCAAUUUCCAGAACUUUAAGCCGAGGUCUAACAGGGAGGAAAUGAAGUUUCAUGAGUUUAUUGACAAGCUGCAGGAUGUACAGCAACGAGGAGGAGAAGAGCGGUUGUAUCUGCAGCAAACACUGAACGACACGGUGGGCAGGAAGAUUGUCAUGGACUUCUUGGGUUUUAACUGGAACUGGAUUAAUAAGCAGCAGGGAAAGCGUGGCUGGGGUCAGCUGACCUCCAACCUGCUACUCAUCGGCAUGGAAGGAAAUGUGACACCUGCGCACUAUGAUGAACAACAGAACUUCUUUGCUCAGAUCAAAGGCUACAAACGAUGCAUCUUAUUCCCGCCAGAUCAGUUUGAGUGCCUCUACCCAUACCCCGUCCAUCACCCGUGUGACAGACAGAGCCAGGUGGACUUUGACAAUCCCGAUUAUGAGAGGUUCCCCAAUUUCCAGAAUGUGGUUGGCUACGAAACAGUGGUUGGUCCUGGCGAUGUUCUUUACAUCCCAAUGUACUGGUGGCAUCACAUAGAGUCGUUACUAAAUGGGGGAAUUACCAUCACUGUGAACUUCUGGUACAAGGGAGCCCCCACCCCUAAGAGAAUUGAAUAUCCUCUCAAAGCUCAUCAGAAAGUGGCCAUAAUGAGAAACAUCGAGAAGAUGCUCGGAGAGGCCCUGGGGAACCCACAAGAGGUGGGGCCCUUGUUGAACACAAUGAUCAAGGGCCGGUACAACUAGCCUGCCAGGGCUUCCCGGCCUCCUGCAGGUGACCGCUGCCCCAUCUGCUGCGCCGCCGCCUUGAUGAGGACAGGCGGUUCAAGCGCUCGUAUUGCACGCUGCACUUACGGACUGGACUCUUGCCAUGACCCUGGAGGCAGGUGUUUGGGGCCAGGCAGGAAGGUUGGCACUCCACUCCCAUUUAGAGGGGUUUCCUGCCCUUGCCUCUUGUGCCCCAGUACUUUCCUCUCUGCCCCCCUAAAGUCCUGCACUUAGUAUGUGGAGUCCCAACUUCUGGUUGUUGUCAUGUCUGUGUGUGUCAGUCUGUCAACCUCGGAGCUUGUGUGUUUGUGUGUGUGUGUGUGUGUCUGUGUGUUCCUUGCAGCCUCAGUGCCUAAGCCUAAAAGGAGAUGCUUCUUGGGCCUCCCACUGCCCCUGAGCUGCAGGGCCGGAGCUGUCCUGACCGUUAGGUCCGUCUGCUCACUCCAGCCUCCACCCAGUCAGCCUCUAGGCUGGCAUGAGUAGCGACUGCGGCGUUAGCGGAGGAGUGAGUAGAGGAGACUAGCCUUGGAGAGCCCAAUAGUCAUUCUGUGAGAGAGAAUUAGGUAAGCUUCCAGUUUAGACCUUCUUCGAGCCCAGGCCAUACAAAGAAAGGAGCCUUGUGACAUAAGAACCAGGAAUUUCAUACGUUCCAAAUUGUGGGCAGUAUGUGUCUCUCAUUCUGCACCAGCUCUUGCUCCCUGUGCUGGGCACCAAGGAAGUUCUGCUGGUGGCUUCUCGGGGUGCAAGUGUGUAUGCGUGCAUGUCCACAUUGGCCAGCCUCUUCAUCUGACCAGGGUUCUCCACUGGGACCCAUGUCCACUGGGACAGCGCAGUGGGAGUCCCAGGCAAGUACAGCCUGACCUUGCCUAAACCUUUUAAACUCAGAUUGUAGCCAUAAUUGGUCAGGUCUCACUACAACCUGUCUGAAGCGGACUGGCCAGCACCUCCAGACCCUCUGGCCCUGCCUGCCCCGGCUGCAUCCUCUACUCCUGCUGAGCUUCCUGCCCGAGUAGAUGAAAUGGGUCAAGCUUAGGCAGCUAGCUCGCCACUCAUCAUCCACCUCACGGAAAGGCCAGCAGUGAAGCCUUGCCUCAUAAAGCCAGCGCCUCUGCCAGGCCCAGUCGCCCAGAAACCGCCCGGAAAGCCAGGGCACCUGAGGGAACAGAGGAGGAAGAUUUUCUUCGCUGUUGAGAACUCCCCAUGGGAAUCCCUCUCAGGACUGCAGCUUACAGCUGGGCACUGUUCACCUCGAAGAGCCAUCCUUCAUAUCUGGGCGUCGAGAGUCGACCCCGGUGAGUGUGUGGGCCUGUGUCCCCUCCCCUCCACUCUCGGCUCCAACCCCUUCUAACUGCAAGGAAAGAGGAGUCGAAAGUCUCUGGUGUUUUGUUUUGUUUUGUUUUAUUUUCUUGCCAAAGGUUUACUUCCAGUGUCUGAGCUGUGGCUCUUACCCCAAAGCUCAGUUUACAGUGCACUGAUGGACUGAGAGGGUGUGUGUACAGUGCGUUUGCAGAGAGAGCGCGAGUGUGUGUUCAGGGAGAUGGGUGUUCAUGGCUUUUUUAGUACCUCGUGGGGUUUUCCAAUCGUGUGGGUAUGCAGACACGGUACCUUUUCAAGUGGAGUUCUUUCAAAUAUAGCCAAUGCUGGACAACGUG